UCCUGGUUAAUGCAGCUGGUUUCGCUGUUGAACCUUCCUAUCCCUGCUUAUUUGCAAAGGCCCUGGCCAAUGUCAACACUGGGAACCUCAUCUGCCCCCUAGGGACUGACGCAAGGGCCUCAAAUAUCUCCUCUCUUCAGGGGACAGAGAACCGGGUGGAACAGAGGCGCUACCAACCCCACCCAAGUGGUUGUACUUCUCCAUGACUGGACUGUAUGGGUUCUCUGCUCCAGACAUGCGUAGCCUCGGACUCACGGUGAUAACAACUCAGCUGCUUUGCUGUCUGCUGCAGUGUCCUGUGGAUGCCAUUCCACACAGAGAGCCAGCAAGUCCCUCUACGGCGCUCCCUCCGCCGGCGCUGGCAUACCAGUUGCCAUCUCCAGAUCCCUCGUCCUGCCGGGGCCUGCUCCCAAAGUCCCUGCCUGGCUUCACUCAGAUGCCCCCUCUCCACCAGUUCCUGGUAGGCCUGGCUCUGAGGAAUGCUCUGGAGGAAGCUGGCUGCCAGGCUGACGUCUGGGGCCUGCAGCUUCAGCUUUACCGCCUGGGAGGUGUGGAGGCUACACAGGCCCUCAUCCACCAUCUCCAAGAGCUCCAGAAAGGUGGACGCCGCGCAGACCGGCAAGUGUCGGUGGACGCCCUGUCCUCUGCUCUGCAGCUCUUGGCCUGGGAACAGCCAGGUCAAAAGAGGGUCCCACGCUCCAUCUCUAACUCGGUCUGUGACAACGAGCAGGAGCAGAGAGUGCACAAUGUGGUCGGGCUGCUGCCGGCCGUGGGGACCUACUACAACCUAGGCACAGCUUUGUAUUACGCCAUUCAGAACUGCUCUGACAAGGCCAAGGAGCGAGGCGAAGAUGGGGCCAUAGAUCUGGGUUAUGACCUUUUGAUGGCCAUGAUGGGUGUGUCAGGGGGCCCAGCUGCUGUGGUGAUCAGUGGUGCUCUUAAGCCAGCCAUGAAGGCUGGGGUGCAGCAGCUGAUCCGAUAUUAUUAUGGUGAGAAAGAGGUGAACACCCCUCAGCCGGAGACCACGAAGGACGGAACCCCAGAAGGCAAUGACUUCCAAGAAACAACCAUGGCUGAUUUGGUGUCAGAAGUUGAAAGUACAUCCUCUUACUGGGACCAAACUUUGGUCAAGAACUUCGGUGUCUGGGCAUAUAAGAGGUAGUAACAGAGCAACAAAUAAAUGGGAAAUUCUGGCAAGGGGAAGGAGGAUGGAUGAUGGACGGAUGGAUGGGUUUGGAGUAUUGCCAUCACUUGCCAGUCAUUUCUUUCUGGAAACUCGGUUUUUACGUUUCUAGUGAGGGAGCAGUGAGUUCAUCUGUACAAGUGGUUGUAGAAAUUAAAAACCGGUAA